AACCAUUCCAAUCUCCGGUCUGAUCGAGUGAUACCCAGACCAAGCAAGAAUCCCAAUAAAUAGACUCGGAACACGAUGGACGCCUCGGUAGAUUCGCUGCCUUACUAUGACAAGGAGCUGGAGAUUCCAGGCCUGAAAGACCUGGUCAAAUCUGAAGUGGACAAGGAGAUGAAGAGGAUGUCGAAAGUCGGAUUGGACGAUCCGAGGGUACCGGCCGAUCUGGAGCCUUUCACCUCACCACACCUCGCCGAACUCCUCUCCGCCUACCCCUCCCAGACACUACAGACGACCAAGGCGAUCGACCCGUCCAAGUGGAACCCGUUCAGGCCGGAAGAAGGGGAUUCCACCGAAGAGUGGCAAGAGGCCGAGAGGAAAGCUAGGAUCGGGCUGAGCAUGUUGAAUGGGAGGAACGAAAACCUCUCCCUCCUCUCCACCUACGGCCCGAACGCCUGGUUGAUCCGGAACUAUCAGCUCGAAUCCCAAGCGAAAGAGGUCGAGGCCGAGGUCGAGGUGUGGAAGGAAAAGGUCGUCGAGGUGAAUAGGAAGCGGAGGGUCUUUCAGGAAUCUACGGGGAAACACCUAUCGUCCCUUGAAAACCGGUGGCAAGACCUGAUCACGGGUACGAUCCAGCUCGAGAUGGCGAGCCGGGCGAUGGAGCUCGAAGUCGAGGUGUUGAAGGGCCAGGAAGCUAGGCUGGAACGGGAUCUCGAGGGGAGGGUAUAGCGUGGUGGAUGAGAAGAGAAGGGCUUGUUGGGUAUCGCUAGCUCGCUAGUCUGGUCUCGUACGAGGAGUUCCCCGAAAAGAAGAAGUUGGAGGGAACGUGCACGGUCGAGGUCGCACGUGUCUCGUCAGUCUAGAUCGAGGUGAAAGAGUACCUUUGGGUCGAAGGCGGACUUUCGGAUCCGACGAUGAGUAAUAAUGGAAGGGCGUAGAAUCGGUACUGUGUCUCCGGUGUUUCCCACCUUGUUGUAUCCACCAUGACCUUCUUAUCCGGAGACAUACAGUUUGCGUAGCAGGCCCGAGGAAAGGCAAAGGGGGA